UUCUUUAGAAAUAUCGAUAGAAAUUGAUUUUGUUUGCGCAUGCGUAAUUUUUUCUUUAUUUAAAUUUAUAUAAACAAAGGGUUACUUAUAAAUACAAAUGGUUAUGAAGUAAGACAUUACGUGAUGAUAUAUAGUGAUAUUUAGUACUUAAAUUUUCGAAUACAUAAAAAUUACAAAAUAACCAAAAAUGUUUUUUUUAGCGAUGCAACACAAGCGCCCUCUUUUGACAUCCUAAUUUCGACUUUUGGUUGGCCGGGGAGUCCGUAGCCUAGGAAACGGGUGUAGCUACAAGACAACAACAUUGAUGUCAAUUUUCUUAUCACGUUACAUAAAAAUUAACUCAUAGAUCCAACAGAUAUCGAGCUAAAGCUUUUAAUUAGUUUUUUAAUCUUGUCGCAAUUUAAAAGUGUUUUUUACAAAUCCAGAGGCAAUGAGGUUUUUGACAGUUCAAAGUAUGGCUGGCAGACUUUGAGUGCGCCGGCGACGAGGUGCUCGUGGAGUCGUCGCCGCCUGCCUCCCCCAACAUGGCGGCGCGGCUCGCGGGCCCCACGCAGGGUGCGGGCGCGGGCGGCGGCGCGUCGCCGAGCACUGUCCGCGAGCUCAUCGUCAUACCGGAGAUACCUAACUCCAUACAUCUGCAGCACGCUAUCCAGCAGGUGUCCAGCACCGUGGUGGAGGUGAACGGCGACAGUUCAGGCCACUCGAGCCCCACUGCAGAGGCGCAGCACACCUACAUCACCGUGUCUAUGCAGGGCGCAUGGAAUCAAGUCGGUCCGCAGCUAGUCAAGCUCGAGGAACAGAGUGAUCAAGAAAGCAAGUGCGAGGGCGGAAAUGGGGUCAAUUACCACGUCCAGUAUGUGGAGCCCCAAGACAUUUACACGCAGAACCAUCAGCCACAAAUGGAGCAGCUACGUACGUACCCGGUGUACGGCGUGGCGACGGUGGGCGGCGCCGCGGCCGCCGACGGCGCCGCCGCCGACGGAUGGCCGCCCGCCGCUUCCGCUGCCGAGUACACGGCCUAUGGCGUCGUGGUGGCGGGAGAAGAGGCAGAAGCGGAGGCGGAGGGCGAGGCGGCGGCGUCGCCGGCGUCGCCCGCCGCGGCCGCCGGUGCCGCGCCGCAGCCGCCGCGCAUGCCGCCCGCCACCGUGCAGUGGCUACUCGACAACUACGAGACCGCCGAGGGCGUGUCGCUGCCGCGCUCGACGCUGUACGCGCACUACCUGCGGCACUGCGCGGCGCACCGCCUGGAGCCGGUGAACGCGGCGUCGUUCGGCAAGCUCAUCCGCUCCGUGUUCGUGGGGCUGCGCACGCGCCGCCUCGGCACGCGCGGCAACUCCAAGUACCACUACUACGGCAUCCGCGCCAAGCACCCGCACCACCACCACCACGCGCCCGACGCCGCCGACGACGACGACAAGGCCGACCUCGCCGACCAGGAGAGUCGUGAUCGCGAGUCCGAGUCGAGCCCCGGGGGGCUGGCGGGGCUGGGCGGCGGCGUGGCGGGCGCUGGCGGCGCGGGUGUCGCGGGCGGCGCGGCGCUGGCCGGCAUCGCGCACCGCCAGUACUUGGGCGCGGUGGCGGCGCCCGAGCCGCCCGACCUGCAGCUCGACCGCCUGCCCGACGGCGUGUCCGCCGCCGCGCUGCAGGCGCUGCGCGACCACCACCGGACGUACGGCGCGGAGUUCCUGGAGGCGGCGGCGGCGCUGGAGGCGGGCGCGGCGGAGCGCGCGCGGCGCGCGUUCUGGCGGCGCGCCGCCGCCGCGCUGGGCCGCCGCGCGCUGCGCCGCCUGGCCGCGCGCCGCGCCCUCGCCGCCUGGCUGCGCGCCGCCGACCUGCGCCUGCACCAGCGCGCCGUCGACAUGCUGCUGCCCGACGUGCUGCGGCCCAUCCCGCCGCAGCUCACGCAGGCGAUCCGCAACUUCGCGAAGAGCGUGGAGGGCGCGCUGCUGUCGGGCGGCGCGGGCGCAGGCGGCGCGGGCGUACGGGCCGUGCGCGCGGGCGCGGGCGCGGCGGCGGCGCUGGCGGCCGCGCUGCGCCGCUACACCUCGCUCAACCACCUGGCGCAGGCCGCGCGCGCCGUGCUCACCAACCACAACCAGAUACAGCAGAUGGUGUCGGACCUGAGCCGCGUGGACUUCCGCGUGGUGCGCGAGCAGGCGGCGUGGGCGUGCUCGUGCGGCGGCGCGGGCGGCGCGGGCGGCGCGGGCGGCGCGGCGCGGCUGGAGGCGGAGUUCAAGGCGACGCUGGCGCGCGGCGCCGCGCUCGAACAAUGGGCUGUUUGGCUUGACGGAUGCGUGCGCACCGCGCUCGCCCCGCACGAGCGACGCGCGGACUUCGAGCCGCGGGCGCGGCGGCUGCUGCUCGACUGGUCCUUCUACUCGUCGCUCGUCAUACGCGAGCUAACGCUCAGGUCGGCGGCGUCGUUCGGCUCGUUCCACCUGAUCCGGCUCUUGUACGACGAGUACAUGUUCUACCUGGUGGAGCACCGCGUGGCCGCACACCUCGACACGCCACCCAUCGCCGUCAUGCAGCGCUUGCCCGAGGAGGAUGAUGAUCAAUCGGAGGACAAGGAGUCGUCGCGUGAAGGCGACGAUGACGACGACUGGGACUGGGAGGACGAGGACGAGGAGGAGGACGAGCCGGACGCCAAGAAGACCAAACUGCACUGACUCGUGUACGUCGCCCUCUAUAUGUACGCAGUAACACCAGUGUUUCUCCAAGUGGGUGGAUAAAAACAUUACAACGCCAUCUAGUCUAUUUAAGUUAAAGUAAAUUGUAAAAAUAUUAUUGCAUACAAUAAAUGCACUAUAGAUCAUUUGAAAGACUCCACCGCUACUAGGUGGCGGUAUUGCCCCGUUGGUAAUCAAUGUUUUAACAAAAACUAGACCAAACAUGGGUUAGACUUAUUUUCAGUACAUGAUUUUGUACUAACAGUGUUUGUGAUAAAUUAAAAGAAAAAAAUAGAAAUUUUUUUUUUCUUCGAUGAUAUUUUAAUUUAUCAUAAUUCAGUAGCAGAUAGGAUAACUUAAAGACAUUCCUAUCUAAACAUAGAUAUACAAUUGUAAUAAAUAUAAUGGCGAUGCAGUCUGGUCAGUCCAGUUUACGUCGCUUUUGUCGUACACGAUGGCUUCAGAUUUCAUAGCAUUUCUGUGUCCUUCGAAGCAUGAGGCAAGUGAUAAACUUAUUAAAUAAAAGAUAUUAAGUUAGAGGUUUGUGUUGCGAUACGAUAUUAGAUUCCCAGGAUCAUCAUAUCAGCUAUUAAUUGGUUACUGUCCAUUGCUGAACAUGGGUUGCCCCAUAAAGAGGGUUUGUAUCUGUAGUUGUCACGUUUUGUAGUUGGCUACUGUAAGUUUUUUUUAUGGGUGAAAAUGGAGUGGUAACCCCGCCUGCUCUAACGGGAUACGCUGGCGUAGCACCAGUUAAGGAUGAUAGAUGAGAAUGAAAACAGGGCAGUUAGCCCAUCAUGAUGAAUUCAUCAGGAAUGAACCAUGAUAGUUUCCAGGGGUAACCGCGAGGAGGCCGACCUGGUUGGGUAUAUUGCUAGCAAUGGGAUUCUCAGUCUCCAUUACUAACAAUCCCUUUUCCCCUGGCAACUGCAGGUUAGUUGUUGAUAUUUUAAUAGGGACGCUUUUGUUCAACCUUCGACCAUUAAUCUCCCUUAAUCGCCUUUUACAACACCCACAGGAAAGGAAGGGGUGGCUUAUUUGAUACCGGGACCACAUGGUAAAUUUUUUAGGUAGACUCCCAGGAUGCUGAAUGCAUAUUAUAGAAUAUCUAUGUUAGUAUGUUUGUAACAUGCAGUUACGAUAACUGGUCUUAUUUACGUCUUUAAAUUCAGAAAUAAAUGUAAAUUUUUUAAAUCCUCAAACACAACUUUUUAAAUAAUACAAUACAAUAAAUACAUAAAUAAAUUCAGAAUUUAUUACAUCUGGUAAUAAAUUUUAUAUUUGUCAAAACAACAGGCAAUAGUAGUUAGUAAUUUUGAGUGUUUGAAACUUUCAAGUGAUAUUUCAAAACUAAAUUUCAACUGUAACAUACCUGUAUUAUAUUAUAGUAUUUCGGAUACAUAGACAUCUUAACGUAAUCACUCGGAAUUGAAAAUUAUUUGUCAUUACUGCUCAUGUCUAUAGGCGACGGUUAUCACUUUCCAUCAGGUGGGCCGUCAGCUUGUUUGCCAUUCUAAGUUGUAUAAAAUAUAAUAAGCUUUUUUACGCAUCUUUAUCUGAUUUAACUAUAAAAAAUUGUUGAUUGCAAAAUUCAUUUAUUUAGUCUUCUGAGUUUGUCUCUGUGUACGAUUUAAUUUGCAUAAUAUCGAAUGUGAUUUGCUCAACUUUUUUUUUUACUACCAAGUCAUAUUUUUUUCUGUUUAUUUUGUACUGUUUUUUUUUUUAUGUAAUUGUAUCUGUAAAUUAUAUAAAUAAUUUCCAAUGAACAACACGAGACUAUGACAAUGAUAGAAAUAUAUUAAUAUAUAUGUAUUAAUAAAAUCCAUAUAUACGGGUUUUUUAAUAACAUUUACACACAUGUUUUAAUUGGUGCAACAAAACAGUUUUAUUUCACCAAUAAUAAAAAUUAAUUGUAUUUCAAAAUAAAAAUGCAGUCAAGAUUGCCAAUAUAAGGAUAGACAGAGCUAUUUUGUUAUACAUUCAUAUUGUCGAAUAUAAUAUUUAACUUGUUUAUAAUACGCCAUCGAAUUAAAAAAAAAAUUAUCGUAUCAAGAGACAAACCUGUUACCGUGUCUCGAAUUGUUUUUAUCGGAGUAUUGAUAGAAAACUGAAUUUGACACUAUUUGAAUGAUCGAAGACGUCAUUUACUCAUCUCGUCUUAUGUACUGAGUGAGCGUGCUCGACGCUCGUCUAUUCUCAACUUUAUUGUAUAUUUGUACAUAGGUACGCACUAGCUCGUCAUAGUUAUAUGAUACAAUUAUAAAUAUAUAAACCAAAGAAACUCGAGUCACUUGUCUAUCGUAUGAUUUGCUCAGGAUAAAUUUGAAAAUUCAAAUCCAUUUAAAUAUCCAUUCGUAGUGGUAUUUUUGAAGUCGUUUCAAAUCAUAAAAUAUUUGACCUACACAACUGAAAUUUGACAGAUUCCUUGUAGUUAUGGGGAUUCGAUAUCAAUUUAAUUUGUUUUUCCUUUUCUCUUCAUAAAAGUAUAAAUAAGACAAUAGUUAGGUCAUUAGUUACAAGUAAAGAACUUUUGGAGAAUUUAGAUCCUGCAAACUUCAGAGUCUAUUUAGUAAUGGACUCUGAAGAUUAUAAGGACUUAAGGCUCCAAGUGUUUGCUAUUAAAAGCGUUUUUAAUUUUAGCUUACCUAUUGAAGGGUCGCAACACCGCAAUUAUCUGCCAAUUUCAAUGUUUCAGAUUGAUUAUUUGUAAAGUGCUCUGCUACCGAACUGGAACGUUAAUCAUGCAAUAUUAUUAUUAAGCAGUCACCGAAAAAUGGGUUUUAAAUAAUAAAAAAUAUUUGUGAAAUUCCAAAGUGAAAUAUAAAGUAGGUGUUAAGUGUUUAGUGUUUAGAUUUAAAUGUAACAUAUUAUAUGAUUAACGCUUUAGUUCAGUAACAAUUGAUAGAUAAUUGUGACGUUGCUCUACUUAGGUUAGCUACAUUAUAAACGGUCUUAAAGUAAUAAAAAAAAAAUUAUUAUAGUUCAUUACCCUUGGGAUCUCAAAAAUUGUACAUUUUAUAAUAAUUUUGCUUACCGAUAUAACUAAAAUUCAUUAAUUUUAGAAAACAUGUCAGAACAGUUGUUCUAUUUUUAAAAUUAAUGAAUUUUAAAGAUGUGUCGUAUUAGGCCAGAAUCUUCGGUGUACCAAUAUUCUACAAUGGCUAUCAUUAUGUGAUACCGACUCAUCUAGACCAUCGACACUCACUCGUACCCUUGCAUUAUGGUCAACCAAUAUUGUGUAUUUCAUGUAUAAUUGCGAUCAUUAGUAAAUUAAAUGUAAAAUUGGUGUUACCAUAUUUUGGCCUAAGUUAGAAUGUUUCUUAGAAAGUAUAAGGCUAAAUUAUUAGUUAAUAAAUUAUUUAUUAGAUGUAUUCGGAAGUCAAACGAUGACGAGACUAAAUACCAAAGGACGUUGCAAUUUUAGACUGUUAAUAGGUAAAAUAAAAUUUCAAAAAUGUGAAGCAUGUUCUUCGAAAAAUUUUUAACUUGCUCUAAUUAAUUAUAAGAAUUUCGUUAUGGCUGUUUGGCUAGGGAACAUUAAACGAUUAGAGAAAAAAAAUCAUGACCAUAGAUAGAUCUAUAGUUGAAGUGUGAUGCAACGUUCAUAAAUUUACGUCUGGUGUGCAAUAUUUAUAAUUAUUUAAAUUAUUUCUAGCUGAGAAUAUUAGUUUUUUUUUUUUUAAUUUAUCAUUAAUUAUGGAUCGAUAUAUCGAUAUGUAUAAUAUCUUUAAAUUUUAUUAUUUCUCUUGCAUAUAUUGGUAAUACUGACUUUUAGCUUUGAUUGUAACUCUUAAAAAUUUUGUAGCUUUGCCUAUGAAGCCAAAGGAAAAAAGGCCAAAAAAGCUGAUACCAUUUUUAAUAGGCUCUUAAACUGUCUAGAGGCCAGUUGUGGGUUUCGUUUUAACAUUCAGUACUUGUAAAUCUGUUUUCAUCAUUACGGUAAUCGUUAUUCCUUUCGGGGACAAUGUUACUUGUUAUAUUGGUAUCCAUGUUAGGUGUAAAUUUUUAUUUCAGUAAAAGUCAGUGUUUGCCAAUUUAUAGCAACAACUGUGUAGAAUUCAAAUUAAUAUCAAUCUUUGUCUAACAUUUAGUGAUCAAAAGAAAUUAAGAAUAUUACCAAAGCGACACACGUUAGAUUUCUCUAGUUACUUAUUUUUUUGAUUAUACUACAUAAUGAUACUACAUUAUAAUCUAUUUUUAUAAAAAAAAAAACGCAGUCUGACUGCCUUCGUUGUUGCCUUAUGAACACUUUUACCUCGAAUUGCUACGUAAUUUGGUAAAACCGCAAUGGUUGUGUUUAAUAGCAAAUAAAUGUAAAAAUCAAUGUUGUGAUUAAUUUCGAUGAAAAAUUAAUAUUAAAUAAACAAUUUGUGUAUGAGAAUGUGCAUUUGAAUGGCAACAGAUAUGUUUCAUUAUCGCUCACAUAGACAAUAGUGUCAUGAUGUUUACUGAAAAUAAAAAUAAAUGUAUGUAGUUUAGAAUUAAUAUAAAAAUAAAUCCUAUUUCAUAACUAGAAUAUCAGUGUUGGCUGGUCAGUGCCUACAAAAUAAAAGAAAAAUAUUUUAUUUUUAAAGUAUUAUUAAGGUAAUAGGAGUCACAGUCCACAACAAUGCCUUCAUUGAUUAGAGAAAUAUUAUCGAUUAUGAGUCUUCAAUUUAUGUUUCUCAUUUUUUUUUUACUGAAAAUAUGUAUAUUUUUGCAUCAUUAUGUGAUGGAAUUGCACUAAAUUUAUUAAAUGUCAUUAUUAAUUAAGGUUGCUCAAGUAUAUAUGUCAAAAGUGAUAAGUAUAUAGCAUUAUACUAUUUUUGACAACUAGGUUCAUAUCAGACACACCAAAAAUAUAUGUCAUAAACUAUGUAAAUUUAAAAAUAAUUUAGUCGUCAUUCGGAAAUAUUUGAUGUAAAUUCUUGAGCAAUUUGAAACUAUUAAGUGUUGGUAUCCAGAGACCAUACCAUUUAAUGUAACCAUAGAUAAUAGAUAGGUUAUGUAUUAAGUGUCUUGGUAAUUUACGGGCUGACUGUAGCUAAAUGAUAAUGAAAAUGUAGAUAUUUAAAUUUUUUUGUAACAGUACUGAGAUCAGAUAUCUUAAUUCGAAACGUUACUCUGAUCUCACCAUAAAUAUCAAUUUACCUAUGAUGUGUCAUAAAGAAACGAAUAUAUUUCUUUAGCUACAGUAUUUGGUCUGACACACGAGCUUAAAAACUUUUGUACCAAUAUAGGUAAGUGUCUAUUGAUUUGUUCCAUUAUCAAAUGUUUAAAACGGAGCAACGAAUUUUUGGACUGCAUUCCUGGUGUAAUUUAUUGUUUUUCAUAUAUUUUCAAUUAUUGUAAUGUUAAAAAGAUUAUUUUUAUCGCCUUGCACGUACAUAUUAGAACUGAUUUGAAAUUUGGUAAUUACUGCCCUAUGUUUGUGAAAGAUCUUAAGUUUCUAGUCAUUUGAAAUCUACGCAGGAGUGUAGUCUAGAAGCCUGGAGUGACUAUGUUAGCUUAUAAGUAAUAUAUUAAUGUUGUAUAUGUUAAGAUUCAGACGAGUUAAAUGAUUUGUAUGUGGAUGAACAGGCGAUGUACUGAUGUCAGAAUAAACUAGUCAUGUGUUUA